AUGUCCACCGAAUGGUCUCUAGACUUCUGCCUCGCCUGUGAUAGUCAAACAUCCGGAGGCCCCUACUGCUCUCAAACAUGUCGACUCGCUGAACUGGAUCGUCCAACUGAAGAUGCUUUAUCUACAUCUCGACCAGCCGGCCCUUGUCAUUCGAGGUCAUCUACCCUCGACUCGACUCGAUCAUCUCGAAGUUUAUCCGCUUCAUCCUCUCAAACCUCCCUCUCCUCCUUGAAAAGCCAUUCCUCCGAUACAACCAUUUCCGAUCAACUCCAGGAUGAGCUACGCGAUUAUGCGAGUUCAUUUGAUCCCGUGCGGGAUUUGAAGCGACGCCUGACUACCUCUUAA